AUGGGACAGCCGAGGGCGGUGGCGGGUACAGGUAUGCGGUGCGGGUCUCGGUUUCGACAGCAGGGUUGUGAUGGAUCAAUCCUCAUCGACUCCACCGCAGGAAAUACUGCAGAGAAAGACUCCCCUGCAAGCAACCCAAGCUUGUCUGGCUUUGAUAUCAUUGAAGCGAUUUGCCCAGGAGUGGUUUCUUGUGCCGACAUAGUGGCAUACGCUGCAAGAGAUAGCGCCCACGAAAGAUGGAUACCUCGAGCAUCAGAUAUUCCGGGGAAUCUGCCACCUCCCUCAUUCGACGUAAAUCGGUUGACACAACUCUUUGCCCAGAAGCAAUUGUCAAAGUGGGCACAUUCUAUUGUAGUUUCCCACUGUUCUUCAUUCAGUGCAGAUCGUCUGUACAACUUCAGCGGAAGGGGUGUUCAGGAUCCUUCGAUGGAUCCUAGCUAUGCCCUUCAGCUUAAGGCCAAAUGCCCUGCUUCAUCUUCUUCCUAUAGUCGUGGGUUGCUGAGGUCCGAUCAAACGUUGAUGUCAAAUGAUGUAACCUCCAGACUGGUGAGGAUUAACGCCAAGUAUCCAGCCAUUUGGAGGAGGAAUUUUGGCAGGGCGAUGGUGCUGAGGGGAUCGCAAGGGGAGGCGAGGAUACCGUCAUUUGUUGGAUGA